AUGGAUAAUGAACAACAGUCAGUAAGUAGUGAUACCGAGUUAGAAAGUGGGACACAAAGUAAUGUUAGUGACGUAGUUCAGGAAGUACAAUGUGAGAAUCUGGGGGCAGAAGGGCAAGAAAUGUUGCCACUGCUACCCAGUGAUUCAGUUGAUAGCGGAAAUACUGUGCCACCCGCAAGCACUGGACACGGACCAGAGAGUGGUGAGGUGUCAGAAGUGCAAUCAUUAAGAGUUAUGUUCGAGCGUAUGCUCAAUUUCCAGGCUGAAUUUGUACGUAUGCAAGCAGAGCGUGAUAGAGAACGUGAUGCUGAACAAGCAGAGCGUGAUAGAGAACGUGAUGCUGAACAAGCAAAGCGUGACCAGAGAUUGGUAGCUGAAUUUGCCCGUAUGCAAGCAGAACGCGAAAGAGAACGUGAUGCUAAACAAGCAGAGCGUGACCGACGCCUGCAUGAGAGAGACUUGCAGUUAAUGCAAUCUUUGGAAGCUAUGCAAAGUGAGAUAGUUAGUUUGAAACAAAACUAUGAAACCAUACCCAAAACGGUGCAAGAACUAAGCGAAAGAGUAGAUGGUAUCCAAGUGGCUAACGCCAGUAUCGUAGAGGAAAUCAGUGUACUGACCAACCAGGUGGAACAAUUAGAGAUUGACACAAAUCAAGUAAUUGAGCACAAAGUGUCCGAACAAGUGCACAAAAUGGAAAGUGAAUUUAAAAAGGAAAUAGACGAGAAAGUGCACGCCGCGAUUGAAGCCAAAGACGCGGGCUCCAAUGCGGAAAUGCAGGACCUUGGAAGGGUGGUGCGCACUGACAUUCCGCUAUGGCAGCGGAAUGUCAACCGUCGUCUUGCCAAGCUAGAAAUCAGCUUGCUGCACGGCGACGCGCAGGGGUUAAUUGCAACACCAGAAAUUCUUGAACUUUCUGAUCCACAGAAGUUUCCUGGUGUGUUUGUAUAA